AUGCGCCUCCACACGCUUCACGAACUCGACAAAACAGAGGGAACCAAGCACACGGCCUUCCUGUCGGUCUGCGCCUUCACCUUCCUGACCAACUACGGCAUCGGCGGGCUGGCGCCGGCGUUCUACCCGCUGUCGCUCGAGUUCGGCCGGACGGCGUCGCAGACCGGCGCGCUCCUGCUUUGGCCGAUCCUCGUGCUCGGCGCGUGCAACUUCCUCUGGGUGCCGCUGGCCAACUACCUCGGCAAGCGGCCCGUGUUCGUCGUCAGCUGCGGCCUGCUGUGCGCCAGCCUCGCCUGGGGCGCCGUCGCCCGCUCGUUCGAGUCGCUGCUCUGGUCGAACAUUGUGGGUGCCUUCGCGGGCUCGUCGACCGAGGCGCUUGGCGCGAGUAUCGUCAAUGACUUGUACUUCUUGCACGAGCGGGGCGCCAUGAUGGGCGUGUACACGGCGUUCAUCUCGGGCGGGAACUCGAUCGGACCGUUGGUGUGUGGCUUUGUCGUUACCGGCUUGAGCUGGCGAUGGCACAAGUGGAUUGCGCUGAUACUGACGGGCAUCAACUUUGUGACGGUGCUGUUGUUUGUGCCGGAGACGAGGUACUAUCGUGCCGAGAGCCUGGGGCCCUUGGAUGUGGCCUCGUCUUCGAGGGACAAUGUGAAUGCAAGCACGGAUGCAGAAAAGGAUGCGAAUGGUGUUGUCAGUGAAGGAGAAGUGACAGAGCAGCGGGAUACGGUGCCCAAGAAGACGUGGUUGCAGGAAUUCAGGGUGUGGUCGGGGGUGACGCCAGACACGAACAUUGUCCUGUUCUUCGCCCGGCCAUUGCCCCUGUUCGCCUACCCCUGCGUCAUCUACGCGUUUCUCGGAUACGCCGUCUCGCUGGUGUUGACGGCUUCGGUCAACAUGCUCAACUCGUUCGUCCUCCAGGCUCCUCCGUACAGCUGGCCGGCCAUGAUCAACGGCCUGAUCAACAUCCCCGGUCUCCUCGGCAACCUUACGGGCUGCAUCACGGGCGGCUGGCUUGUGGACAAGUUCUGUGACUGGAGAACCAGGCGCAAUAAGGGGGUUUUCGAGCCCGAAACCAGGCUCUACCUGUGCCUCAUACCGCUGGUCAUCACUGGAGCAGGGUGCAUCCUUUUCGGGUACGGCGUCGAGAGGACACUGCAUUGGACAAGUCUCUUCUUCGGAUACGGCAUGAUUUCGGUGGCACUGACGGCCAUCCCGACCACAACGAUGGCAUACGUCUCGGACUGUGUCUUGCCCGUCAACUCGGAUGCGCUGAUGCUGGUCAAUGGCUCCAAGAACAUCGUCGCGUUCGGGUUUCUGUACGGAGUCGUACCGUGGGUCGAAAGGGUAGGCUAUGUGGACUGCUUCGGCACCCAGGCCGGCAUCUUUGUUGCCGUCAUCGGCCUCGGCAUGCUGCUGCUGAUCCCGUUCGGCGAGAAGAUCAGACAUGUCCAAGCACGGUGGCGCAUUAUCCUGUAG